AAAAAAAAAAAAAAAAAAACUGAAACACUAGGUGUAUAAAUUUAAACUUUGAAAAACACAAAUCCCUAAUCCAAACCGAAUUAGGUUUUUGUGGUUGCAGCGUAAUUCUCUCAAAACCUCUCAAACUUUUCAACCUUAAUCGAUUCCUCGUCUUCACAAUCGAAUUUGGGUAUAGUUCAAUUCUGCUGAAGCAAGUGCUGGUGUGAAAAAGGAAUGCACUUUUUCAUCCAAGGUGUAAAUUUCACAUUACUUAGGACUAUUUUGCAUACAAGGUUAAUUAAUUAAGAUGCUAUGUGUUACGAAUCUCUCAAAGCUGAAUGCUUCGAUUUUCGGUUGCAUUGGCAAAACAAUAGUAACAAGGAAACAACAGAGUGUGCCAGUAACAAGGUUUAAUAAACCUGUUUUGUCUCUUUCUUCGUUGUGUUCGAGAUCUUUUUUAUCCAAUUCAAGUAAUUUCUAUUCAAGCAAUAACGUUGGUGCAAGAAAAUUAAUGGCUUCUUCACCUUCCAAUGCUAUUCUGGGAGAUGUUUAUGUUGAUGAUUUAAUCUCGAGUUAUAGCAGUGUUCAAGAUUUCACAAAGCAUGCUGGUGUAUACUUCAAGGAAAGAACCCAUAAAGGGUUCGUGCGAGGUAGUUUGAGUUUGAGAAGACCGCAACAGGUUUUGUAUGGUCCUUUGAAUUUCGGGCGAUCCACUUUUGAUGCUAGUUGGAGGAUUCAGAAUUCGGGUUUGCUUCAUGGACCGUGGACAAAGAAUUUCUCGGCAUCUUAUUCUGCUUGCUGUUUGGCUGGUGCUGCACACGAUCUUUCGUUUGAUACCAGCCCUCCUGAUGAAAAACUGGAAAACUCCUCCACUUUGGCUAACAUAACUACUCUUGAUCGCAAGCCCUUGAAGAUGUUAUCAGGAUCAUGUUACCUACCACAUCCAGAUAAGGUGGCGACUGGAGGAGAGGAUGCUCAUUUUAUUUGUGAAGAUGAACAAGCAAUUGGUGUUGCAGAUGGUGUUGGUGGCUGGGCAGAUGUUGGUGUUAAUGCAGGACUGUAUGCCCAGGAACUUGUAGCCAAUUCCGCAAGAGCAAUUCGAGAGGAACCCAAAGGUUCUUUUAAUCCAGUAAGGGUGUUAGAGAAGGCUCACUCAAAAACAAAGGCAAUGGGUUCCUCAACUGUCUGUAUCAUUGCUCUUAUCGAUGAGGCACUAAAUGCUAUUAAUUUGGGUGAUAGUGGAUUCAUUGUGAUAAGAGAUGGGAGCGUCAUUUUCAAGUCCCCUGUUCAACAACGCGGGUUCAAUUUCCCAUAUCAAUUGGCAAGGAGCGGUACUGAAGGUGAUCUACCUAGCUCUGGCGAGGUUUUUACAGUACCUGUCGCUCCAGGAGAUAUCAUUGUUGCUGGAACAGAUGGUUUAUUUGACAACAUGUACAACAAUGAUAUCGUUGGAGUGGUUGUAGGUGCAACUAGAGCUAGAUUAGGACCACAAGCAACUGCUCAGAAGAUAGCAGCAUUGGCUCGUCAGCGAGCUCUUGACACGAAAAGGCAGUCACCAUUUUCAGCUGCUGCUCUCGAGUAUGGAUACCGAUUUGAUGGCGGCAAACUUGAUGACUUAACAGUUGUCGUGUCUUACAUAUCCAACUCAGUCAAUGAGUGAUAUUUUUGCCAAUUUCAUUUUGUAUAUUUAGAUGCUAUGUGGCUAAGCCUCUCCUUUGCAUUUUUUUUUUUUUUAAUUUGAAUUCAUUCUUAUUUCUUCUAGUAGUUAAUCAUCUCAAACAUUAGUGCUACACUUAGGAAUACUUUUUUUUUUCUUUAGAAAAAAGGUUAUUAUGGCUUCCUUGUUUG